AUGUCUACCACUCUCACCGAAACCGUAACCGCACACAGUCCUCCCCCUUCGCUGAGGGUCAUCAAGAACGGCUUCGGUGCAGAAAUUACAGGCCUGGACUUUGCCGACGGCGUGACCGACGAGGGAUAUCGCUUUAUUGAGGAUGCAGUAAAGAAGCAUGGAUUUGCUGUAGUUCGGAAGACGAAACUGGUUGACGAGACUCACCUCGAGCUGGCUAGGAAAUUUGGUGAGCUUGACGAUGUGACCCCUUACAAUAAGGCCGGCCGUGUGCACCGUUUGACAUAUAACGAAUUGUUCGACGUUGGAAACAUUGAUCUCGAUGGUUCAAUUGUCGAUUUGAGCAGCCCCCGUGGUGAGGCGAACAAGGGGAAUGCCCUCUUUCACACCGACUCCAGCUUCAACCCUCGGCGGGCUGGGUACUCCUUGCUACUUGCCCACGAACUCCCUCCUCCCGGCACUGGUGGCUCGACUGCCUUUGCCGACAUGAGGGCUGCUUACCGAGAUCUGGACCCUGACUAUAAGCAAUUCCUGCGCGAGAAGAAAUUAAUUGCGCGCCACUCGCUGUUACACUCCAAGAAAAUGGCUGCCCCCGAGUGCUUCAAAGAUGUCGAGCCCACGGACCAUUUCAUGAGCCGCCACUGGCUGCUCCAAGUGCACGAGCGCACCGGCAUCCCCACGAUCUACCUGGCAAAACACAUACAUUCACUCGAAGGCGUCUCAUCAGAGGAGCCCCAGGCUAUCCUGGAAAGACUGUUUGACCACGCAACCCAGGAUAAAUACGUCAUUGACGUGCAGUGGUAUGAUCCUGGUGACAUGAUUGUGUGGGAUAAUACAUGUACAAUGCACCGUGCUGUUAGUGGGGAGUUUGUUACCAAGUAUCGGAGAGACAUGCGACGAGCGACUGUGCAUGACGAUAGCAGUCUGGCAUGGGGCUUCAACGAGAAGAGCAACAAACGCAUGGGUCUUCCUUGA